CAGAUGAUAGAGCAUCUUUGCCGAAUCCAAAAUAGAACACGGCACAGAUGAAGGAAGAAGUGCCACCUUCCCGAGAGCGGAUUUAGAGCUAUAACGACUAGAAGGGUAUGCUUCAAAGACAGGUGUAUAACCUGCAAGGUUCAUUCAUUUUCUUCGUGGCGAAAAGUAGGUGGAGAAGGAAAGGGUAUAUAUAAUACAAGUCCACAAACAAGAUUCCCUUCUUUUUGACAAUAACAAUUACUCAAAAUGGCAUCUACAAGUACAAUCCCAACUCGCCAAUUCGGCAAAACAAACGACAAAGUCGGAUCGAUCGGUUUCGGUGCAAUGGGUUUAGCAGCCUUCUAUGGUGCUCCAGCCGAUCAAUCGACCGUUGAUGAAUUAUUGAACGAAUGCUUGAAGCGUGGAGUAACGAUGAUCGAUACAGCCGAUAUUUAUUCUCCAUUAAGUUCGGGUAAAUUGGGUUAUAAUGAACAACAAAUCGGUCAAUACCUCGCCAAACAUCCAGAACAAAGAAAAAAUAUGUUCUUGGCUACCAAGUUUGUCAACACUUUCACUCCUGAAGGUUUGAAGCAACGUGGUGAUAGAGAAUACGCUCACUCAGCUUGUGCUGACUCACUUAAACGUUUGGGCGUUGAUCAAAUCGAUUUAUACUACGCACAUCGACCUGCUCCUGAUACCGAUGUCACAGAAACAGUCGGUGCAAUGAAGGAGUUGAAAGACCAAGGCAAGAUCAAAUAUAUCGGUGUAUCUGAAUACAACUUGGAUCAACUUGAACGUUCAAACAAAGUUGCACACAUUGAUGCUAUUCAAAUUGAAAUUUCACCUUGGACACCAGAAGUUCUUACAAACGGAAUUCUGGCAUGGUGUGAAAAGAACGGCACAGCAGUCGUUGCUUACAGUCCUUUAGGCCGUGGUUUCUUGACCGGUCAAUACAAAUCCGUUGACGAUUUCGAAGAAGGUGAUUUCCGUCGUAACAACCCACGUUUCACCGGAGAAAACUUUGAAAAGAACUUGGAGCUCGUUCGCGAUAUUAAGAGUAUUGCAGACAAGAAAGGUGCAACACCCGGUCAAAUUGCUUUAGCUUGGGUUUUGUCCAAAUCACCUUUGAUUGUUCCAAUCCCAGGUACAAAGAAGUCCAAAUACUUAAAGGAAAACAUUGAUGCUGCUAACGUCAAAUUGAGCACUGAAGAUAUCAAGGAGAUCGACGGUGUCAUCAACUCAUUCAAGGUUAGCGGAAGCAGAUACCCUGAAGCUAUGGCAAAGGUUCUCGCAUUCUGAUUCCAUUUGUAGAGAACGGAAAGAAAUAAAAUGUGAUGCUUACUUCUUGAGAAUUGAUUGUGUUCUUAUAAUUUGCAAGUACCA